AUGGUAGCCAUUGCCAAUGCUAAAUUAAUAUGCCCUGGUUAUGGAUUCAUCCGUCCACUAGAACCAUGUGUUGAUCAAUGUUCACUUGACAAGGAUACUUGCGGAGCUGGCAAAUUGUGUUGUUAUACACCUCAAUCACCAUGUGGUAAUCGUUGUCUUAUUGGCAAGGAUGAUGCCGAAAAAAAGGGAACAUGUCCAUCAUCUCAAUCUGAACAAAAAGAUCCAAAAUGGGGUUUAUGUGAUGGACACUUUUGCGAUGUUGAUAGCGAUUGUUCAUGUAAGAAAAAAUGCUGCUCGAACAAGUGUGGCUCAAAAAUAUGUAUUUUACGACAAUAA